UCAACAGUUAUUUUAGUGGUCCUCAGUUUUUGUGCUCGAACUUUUACGGCGCCCUUUGCCACCAUCAUCCUUUGUCGGCGGCUUCUUGUAAGCACAAGAGGGAUCAUGACUGCCUUUUGGAACAGAGUAAGAGCAUUACUCUUCAUUCUGCCUGGACUGCUCCAUGUUUCCCAGAGUUAUCAUAUCCAACCAGAUCUAGAGGCUGAGAAUCCUUCCGAUGGCUUCAAGUAUAUUGAUGUGACUGGACUUGGCACAAAUUUUGAGUUCUAUGGUUUGGACCAACUUGAGAUCAAGGUGCUUUCCUCGACGCCCGUCUGGACGGUAACGAACAUGCAUAUGAGCGAGAAGUUCUUUUAUGGAUCGACUGACGAUGAAUCUAUUUUGGUUUCGUUGUCACGACAUGUCUCGGACGACGGCCUUCACAACAUCGUGACGGGAACCGCUCAUGAUACCAUCAAUGGAAUUUACUACAUAAUCAAAAGAAAUGGCGCCGGUAAACAAAUUGUGGUUGUCAAAUAUGUGGAGGAUAUGAAUCGUGAAGGCGACCCCCCAGAGCCACCAAAGGGGCACAGCACAAUUACUGUCAGCAAUGCGACAACCAGCACGUCGAAUGUGUCCCCGGAGACCGCUACAACAAUUGACUUGUUGGUAGUAUGGACAGAGAAGGCAGAAUGCCAUUACAGCAACCUGACCACUGGCUGUACUGUUACCUCAACGACCCAAGCAAACAUCGAGGCUGGCAUAGAUGCGCUCAAGACCGAAGCCGAAACUGUCCAUUCCAAUUCUGACACUCAGAUUACAUUCAACCUUGUACGGCAACGAGACGUGUCCGGAUACGUGGGAAACGGCAAUAUGAGCCUCCUCCUCCUAAGGAUAGCCGAUGAUUCUGAUUCGUACAUGGAUGAUCUGAACACAAUCGCGGAUACCUAUGGCAGUGACUUGAUCAUGGCGGUCGACGAAGAUAGUGACAGCACCUGCGGAUAUGCCUUUUUCUUUGGCGGACCUUCCGCCAGCUUCUCAACAAUGAGCACAAAUUGUUUCUUCGCGAUGGCGUACUCCUUUACGCAUGAACUUGGUCACAACAUGGGCUGUGACCAUGACCGCGGGUCCAACAAUCAAUGCGACGAGAAAGUACAUAAAGCUACUAACUAUGGGUAUCGACAACCAUCAGGCUUAUGGCGAACGGUGAUGGCAUACAAUUGCCGAACUGAUCAAUGUGACAAAGGUACAGUCACUGGUUGCCCCAGGAUUCCCUACUUUUCCGGGAUUGCAGACUACACGGAUAUGAACUCUCUGGGGGGUGCUAACAAUAAUUGUCGAGGAACUAUAAAUGCCAACAAAGCCGCCAUAGCUGCAUAUCGACACAUAGGCCCAUCACCGGCGCCGACACCUGCGCCAACUCCAGCACCAGCUGUACCAACGCCAGCCCCGACGCCAGCCCCGACGCCAGCACCAAUUUUUACACCUGCUCCAACGCCGCGUCCAACAGGAUGUGCCUGGGAAGUGUUAUCUCUCUUUGGGUUCCGUCACUGAGGCAUCAUCUCUCUUCGGAUUCCAUAGCUAGCGAGCUAAAAGAUAAGAUGAAAGUUGGAUUGCCUCCUCAAGAUACCUUUUCAGAGCCAGAUGGCUCCAAAUCGAUUCCUUCCCCUCCCAUUCUGUUGGAGGUACUUCAUAGUUUGGUGCUGCAGAAAGACCUGUUGCUGCCACUGCUGCCACUAGCUAGCAUCGUCUGCGUUAUGCCAACGAAGCCGCCAUAGCUGCAUAUCGAAACAUAGUUUGUCAGGCCCUUCACCAGCGCCGACACCAGCGCCAACUCCAGCACCAGCUGU